AUGGCGAGAGGAAAGAAAGCCAACAAAAAGGCCAAAGGGAAGGUGGUCACCUUGAAAACGGCUCAGAAAUGUGUGGAGCUGACCUUGGACGGCAAACAGCGGCUGGACCUCAGUUUGAAGGAGAUCGCCGCCGUGCCAAAGUGCGUCCAGAAGCUGUGUCACGUGGAUGAACUGGACCUGAGCAGGAAUCUGAUCACAAAGGUUCCUUCUUUUAUUGAUCAGUUCACCAGCCUCUGUGUUUUGGAUCUGCACAGCAACUAUAUAGAGGAGCUCCCGGUGAUUAUCGGCCGCCUCCAGAAGCUGCAGGUUCUAAACCUGUGCAACAACCGUCUGACCAGCCUCCCCCACGAGGUCGGCCUGCUGGCCAAACUCCACACGCUCAGCCUGGGUCUCAACCGGCUGGAGGCCCUCCCCAGCUCCGUCGGCGCCCUGAAGGAGCUCCGCAGCCUCGGCCUGUCCGACAACCGCUUCACCCGAGUCCCCAGCUGCCUCAGCAGGCUGAGCAAGCUGGAGAGGGUCAACCUGGACCGGAAUCCCAUCGACGCCAAGCAGACGUCCGGCGCGGAGACGGUCACAAUAAGUCAGGACUUCCACCUGGUGAAAGAGAGCUUCUUGUGUCUGGACUGUCUGAACAAGUGCAAGACUGACAGACAGCUGGGAGAGAGUGAAAGCCCCUGA